CAGUUUGCGCCAUUACGAGAGGCCCCUCCAAAUGACUACCGCCUACUGGCCAUAGUUUCCAUAUUCUUCUGUCCUUUGGUUGGCACGUUGGCUUUUGUCAUGUCAUAUCUUGUAAGUAACGCAGUUCAAGAGUGUAUACACUUAAACUGGAAUAAGAUGUUUUGAAAGAAUGGUAAAUAAAAAAUAAAAACAGAAAAUAUAAACAAGAAUAAUUAGCUUCACUUGACCAAUCCAUUGCUUUUAGCGGCGCAAUAGAUUUUGGACAAAAUGAAAACAGCCUCACUCGUCCUCAGUCCUCUUCGUAACUCGAGCGGCGGAAGUAGGGGGUGAUGGGAUGGGUCUCUUAGUCGUAUUUUUGCGUUGGUUUGAGCCGUGCGGGCACUAGUACUCGUUAAACAAAAGGUCUGGAGUGAAUGUGAGGACAGAGGGUAAGACUGGUGAGAGCUUGUGAAUUUUUUUUUUUCGCGCCUUACAAGAACGAUUUUAAAAAGAAGAAAAAGAAAAGAAAAAGGGAAAAAGAUCGAAUCCCUGUAUCGCCAGGGUGACUUAAUGUCAUUUUCUAUUCAUACUUCUUGCAGACAAACAAGCGAUUCGAAGCAGAUGAGUUAAAGAGAGCGGAAGAUGCCUCGAGAGAUGCAAAGUUUUCAGCAAUAAUGGCAAUCUUCUUUGGAGUUGCUAUCGUGUUAUUCUGUAUUUUUAUAUUUGCAAUUGUUCCAGCUCUGGCGUAGAAACAAUCAAAAUGCUAUAUUUACUUGUAGUUCGGUAAAAUGACAAAUUGCAUGAGAUAAGUCACGGCUCCCUUUCAACCCAAGUGUUUACCCCUUACUAACAUUAAGAAAAAAAAUGCAGCGGACAACUCAGUGCGCUGGAAAAAUCAUGACCCUACUCAUCGAAAAAAAAAAAUGGCAUAAUAAUAAUUUAGAAAGAUGAAAGUGGAUAUGGAACGAAAUGUGGAGGAUAUAAGCAUCGAUAUAUUUUGUAGCGUGUUCUUUUUCUAUAAAGUUAAUAAUAGUGGUUGAAUGUUUACGCACGAGAUUUUAAACGGAGUAAACUGUAAGCAACUCUUAUGUUCCUUUUUGCCUCGUUAGGGAAAUAAACGACAUCUGCUUGAGUGCCAUUUUAUUGUUUUCCCAUAAAUGGAUUGAAGGGGUUUAAAUCACAUACCAAUGGUAAACAGCAUAAUUUUCUAGCUAUAAAUCAUUGCACAACAACAGGUCACUGAAAAAGGAUAAAAAAUCUGGUCAGAGUUUUUAUAUCAGUACAAAAAAGUAGCCUUUUAUUUUUUUGGACCAUAUUCAAGUUAUUUUCUUAACUAUCGUUAACGCAACUAUGACACGGAAACUAAAGAACAUUAAUUGUUUCUCAGGUGAAAUAUAAACUUACAAUAAUGGCAUCAGUUAUUUCUAAUAAUUGUAAGUGGAUUCAGGCAAUCAGAGUACUCAUAAUAGCUACUGUGCAGUACUUGAUAAUUUAUAGUUGAUUGCAAAUUUCAACCAAAUCGUCAACCAAAUUAUUGUUUAUGAAUUAGUGAUUAUGAUGCUCUGAAUGAAUAUUUGUAGGCAAUAUUUGUACUAACUGUACAUGGCACUUAAAAGCUACAAUUUAAAUUAAGGCAUUCUGUGGUCCAUUCUGCUGCUAUAAUUCAGAAAACUGAUAGAAUAUUGUAUGUUCUUUUUAAUUUUACUCUUUUUGACCUCGAAAUAUUCCUUUACAGUUUUAAAAAAAUUAGCGAUUUCAUGACAUCUUUUUGAAAACCCUUUAAGAAGUUGUUUAUAAUUAACCACUUUUUAAAGGCGACAGACAUUUGCAUUAACGUUUGAAUGUGAUUUGAAUUAAUAAGCUGAAUAUAAAGAAAUGCAUUGACGUAUUUCUGAUUGGUGGUGAUUUUUAAUCACAGUUGUUGAAAUACCGUGUAUAAUACGGUCCAGUUUCUGCCUUGUUUGAACGUUCGAAAGUCUGAUUUAAACCCAAAAUAACUUUGUUUCACCCAAAGGCAGAAUAUUUUUUAUCUAACUAGUGCCGUUAGAAGGAACCAUCUGCUUUGUUAACUAGGAAGUCAUUCAAUUUAAUGUCAGAGGUAAGUUCUGUUACUUCACGCAUGAGACAAAUCGAUCAACCCCACAAAAUCCACCGAUCACAAACAUGAUCAUACCUAACAAAACGUACCCCAGAAAGGACAGUGAUCGGCUCAAAGAUAAUAUGCACUGUAUAAAUCAAAAUUUAACUGUCAUGAUAGUAAGGUAACUUGCGAUAUUUGUUGCACUUGUCUCAUGCCGUCAUUAAUGGCCUGUGGUACACGCUGAAAACAUAAAAAGCAACGAAAAUUUUUCAAAAAGUCUCCUGGUUUUUAUAGAUACUUUAAGUGGCCGAACACAAGACAAUGCUAUUAGGCCAUCCUCUUUUUUAACUCCGUUUAGCGUCGUCCGACUGACCCAAAUUUUUGGCGUUUUCAAAAAAAACAAAGUAACGACUUAGUUAAAGUUGGAAAUAAUUCUUUUAAUCUGGAAAUGAGCAUAGUAACAGCAUAGAGAAAAACAGGAACAAAAACAGGAACAUUGAACAGUAUAUUGUGUAUUUUGUUAAUCCAGGACGUCGUCCUGGGGUACCAGGGCAUCCUAUUCCAAGACUUCUUGUGAUUUUUUUUUUUUUUUCAAUCCGACCGACCGACCCAAUAUCACGAAAAAAAGGGGGGGGGGAUCAUGGCGUUAUAAAAACUUCCGACUGAAUGUCCACCUUUUUUAAAACUUCUUCGGUCAAUCUAAAGAAGUUGAAGGUUCUAGAUUUAAUGGAUCAUCGAAGUACCGCUAACGUGACAAACUUGGACGACCAUUUCAAUUUCGAUGGCAGGCUUCGAUGCCUUUAUUAAAGACACUUUCAACUGUACUUUACUACUCUAAGAAACUAUCGUCAGUUUCAAUGAAGUACCACAAAAUAAUCCUCAAGCAUAUUAUUCGGAAGUUUAUUUUCACCUCCUUUCCCUACAACAUACAAAAAUGAAAACGUUUUUCUCGAUCCUGUCCAUUCAGGUUUUAGAAAGACAAAAUACAGGGGCACCCAACGAGAGUAUAGUUCAAAACCACUUAAACAUAGCAUUGUUACACGUAUUUUAGUAUUUAAACGGUAGAUAUAGGCAUAUUUUUAUCCCCUAAAAAUUUUUCAUCUGUUCGAAUUUCCUAGCUGAAAGUCUAAUGAUCCGAAAAUUAUACGGAUCAAAACUUACCUUUUCGAAAAUUUCAGCCAGAAAAGAGGCUACCAAAAAUUCUAGGUGACCUUUUUAGGGUAAAAAAUCCGUUAAAAAUGGGCAAUUAUGCCAUUUUUUAGAUGUUCGAAAAUCCUACGAGAGGCAGGCAAGCAAUAAAUUUUAAAACAAAUGUGUCGAAAAUUCUAGAUCUCAAAUCGUCUACCGAACAGAUAUUCUUCCGAAAAUUGUCGUUGGGUGCCCCUGAAAAUAGGUCGCGCAUGUAUGUGUAAUUUCUUUCAUAAUAACUUUAAGUGAUUUGUUCUACUAACAAAAGUAAAAUAUGAAUAUGAAAUAAUCUAAUUUUAUUAUAUGUGUUGAAAAAUGUUAACUUCUAUCAGUAUCUUUCCAGUGCAAAAAAAUUGAUCUUAUCAAGUGAUGCGGUCAAAACAUCAAAGGCCUGAACAGUUCACUCCCGAUAAUUCAGCGAACCCUCGCUAUCUCAAACCCCACGCAAACACGAACCAAAAUCGAUUUCCCCUGCAUUUCCUUCAUACAUUUACUAUAAUUUUACCCUCGGUAACUCGCGCGAACCCUGGAUAGUCGAAGUAAGUUUUGUUUUCCUUCAGAUCAUUUUUAUAUAAAUUUACCCUCGAUAACUCGAGCUAUGCUUUGAGUGCCUGACAAGUCGAAUAAAGAAGUGCACUGCAGUCCGAAACUUUGAAUUUAUUUUAACAACCCGUCCACGUAUUCUCUGUCUGUAGUUUUUGGUCAGUCUAGUUUAAAAAUACAGUGUCCAGCACUGAGCAUUUAUCAAGCUUUGAAGUGUGCUUGUUACUUGAAUUCAUUCCCCAUCCCAUUUCCUUAUAGUUUCGGUUAUUUACUUCGAACUCCCGCUAACUCGAACUAUUUUCGAUUUCCCUUAAAGGUUCGAAUUAUCGGGAGACGACUGUAUUCAUAUUAUAUACACAUUUUAAAAACAACUUGAUAAGCACGUUGCGAUUAUUAAAUUUAACAGCUUAAAACAGGACGCGAUAAUUAAAAAUGCAAAGAAAUCGAACACAUUACUACGCUUUUUCUGUCUCUGUUGCUUUUGUAGAUGUCUAAAAUCCUGCUCACUCUGCUUAUAACAUUGUCGACAGCUCUCGUUUUUAGAACACGUGGUGAGUAUUAAUGAAGGUCUCAGUGGGGUUGACCGCUAGCCGUAAAACAGCCUAAACUUUUAGUCGUUAGCUCCACCAAAAAAAUUGAGACAACGGCGCAAUCUCGUCGAGAUAGGACUUUUCCGUUGCCUUCACUUUUUCUGACCAUAACCUGUACUAUUGACGUCAUUUUACCGGAUAUCGUGAACGUCUUGUAUGUUUGGUCAACGCUUGCUGGUUAUGACGAAUUAGCCGGGGCAUUUCAGCCAAAAAGAAACAGAGAAAUAUUUUGAAUGAAUAAUAAUAACCUCUGACCAGGGGCCUAUCUGCUGUUAACUGUAAAUGAUUCUACCCUAUUGAGACCCUUGUAUAUGUUUACGAAAAUAUCAUUUUGUCUUGUACUGUUACUCAAAAUAUUACAGAGAAAGUUCUUAGCCAUGUUUUAAGUUACCAGUGAAUAGAAACAUUUGAAAUCGGGCGGUAACUGCCUUAAGUCUCAAAUCGACAUCAGGAGAUUUUAAAAAAACUGCUGAUGAUAUAAAAAGGAAUGUGUAAUGUCAACUUCUCUUUUUACCAAACUGCUGUAUCUAGAUAUUCUUUUUUUCUUUUUUCUUGCUUGAUUUAAUAUUGAUCAAAAUAUUUCAAAAUUAUUAGCUGAGGCUGAGUAUGACACAAAAAGGUUUAUAGAUCGAGAAGGGUGUUAUCCGCUUGAACGACAGACCAGGCUGAGACCAACUACACUCUUCUGGAUCUGCAUAAUUUCCCAUUUCCUAUCAGAGCCGAAAUCAUUAAGUGAAUUGUUUUUAUAUUCAUUUACUGUAUGUCCAAGCUCUUCGUUAUUCUAUAUUUUUGUCAUAAACUGUAAUCAUAUGAAUAAUUUGAAGAUUAACAAGUUCAUUGCGUUUGAUCGAUUAACCGCCGUUUCCUUAAUAGCGGCUGUAGUGAAUGAUGAACAGAGACUGUUACGGAACCUGUUUCAAAACUACAGCAAAUCUUCUAGACCCGUCCUCAAAAGAAAUUCCCAAGUGGUCGUCAUAUUUAGAGCAAAACUCAAACAGAUAAUAGACUUGGUAAGUAGGAAUGAAUAGUAAGUGUUAAUGAAAUUAAUAAGAGACUCACAGAAUGGAAUAGCAAACAGAUGAAAAACUUAAAUGAGGGUAAGCGCGUCACGAAAAAGCCCCAAUGAUGGUGCCUACAGUGUUAUUUUAUUUCUUUUUAUUUUAUUUUACAUUUAGGCGAAUGAAAGUGACUUUUAGGAAUUGGAAUAACGAAAUAAAAUUGCGAGAGAAAGUUCGUGUAAUGACCUGCUGGGUUUUCGGAUAUAGGUCAUAACUCCCUUAUGUUCACAAAGCUUACCAGUAGUAGUAUCCCCAUACUUGUUAUAAUUUAGAGCAUUAUUCUCCAACACAAGUUAGCGACCAAUAAGUUAAGUGAAUUUUAGUUUGUUGAUCCGAUAAAAUAAAGUGGCCGCUGUAUGUUAAAGAAAAACAAUAAACACGAUUCAGGUGCACUGUAAAUGUCCUGUAUCAUUUAUGACGUUGAAAGACAUAGCACAGUAAGAAUAUAGAGUUAUACAUUCCGUUUAAAAACAGACCUCUCCGGGAAAUGCAUUACCAAGCAAACUUUAAGUCUGUUAGAAAUACACUUGGCUGCGCAAUUAUCUCAUACCCUCAAUAUGGUAUCAUAGUACAAAAUAGGUGGGGUGGCUCGAAAUGCAUCUGUAGCGGUAGCUUUAAAGGUUUUAACGUGAGAAUAUUUUAGCCAGUGAUGAGAUGCUUUAAACAUUACCACUAAUUCUACAACUGUUUGAGUCAAGAAAACUCAUUUUAAAAAGUCAAUUCUGCCGUUAAGGCCCUCACAGUAGGAUACCUAAACUCUGUAAGGUUGACUGGACGCUCUGUUUUACUCUUAUUCCGUUUAGAAGGACAAUGAACAACUCUUACAAGUAAUCCUCUACACCUAUCAGGUAAUUAUGGCAAUUAUCAACAUCUUAACCUGAUAACACCUUUCAGUUAACUCCGUGGACAAUCUAAACGGGAAUAUGUAAGCGAGCUGUUUUGUUGUUGUUGUUGUUGUUCAAAGUCAGCUUAAACAAGGUCGCCGUCAGGGAUUAUAGGGACUUUAAGCAAAUCGCUACGGCUACCUCUACUACGACGGUCGUGGAUGCGGAGUCCUGGGGAGAGUACGUCACCGUAGCCUGCCAAAUUUCAACUUUAAGCAAGCGGCCCCCAAACGACUACGGGAUUUCUUGUUCAUUUGCUUUCGCUGUUAAUUAGUAAAACGCAGGGAAGACGUAAUUAUUGGAAAACCAGAAGAGUCAGAUACUUUCUUAAUAAAGGCUUAAAAACCAGUGAUUGUAAAAACUAGUGAAAAAGGGGAGUUUUAGACUCGCGUAGUAGCGACUACGCCACAAGACAGGUCGUUGUCAGGUUAUUGUAGGAUUUGGCGCUGCGGCGAAAGAUCAUUUCCAAGCAUGCGCAGUGCGUCAUUUUUGGGCUCUUUUACUUCCGGCCGCCAUAGUAGAGGUUGCCGUAGCAAUUUUCCGAUUUCCGAAGUCCCUAAUAUCGCUAUUAAAGAAUUUACGUUUUUGAAACUUUUUCACGUUCAUUCCAUCUCCCUUAAAAUGUCAGAUUUAGGUGAAUAUAGAGUAUCAUGGUACGCAACAUUUUUCAGGAAUGGAUCAACCCCCUUUUGACGUGGAAUGCAUCUGAUUUCGGUGACAUCGACGAGAUCAAUGUAGACGCUUCCAAAGUGUGGGUUCCAGAUAUCGUGCUUUAUAACAGGUGUUUUUUUGAAAUUUACCACAUCCAGUCCAAGAGGGAUAAAAUAAACGUCCCUGUUACUGAAUGCCUUGUAUCUGAUUAACAUACUGCUCAACUGAGGGCCGGGGAAAGUACCUCGUAAUUUAAGGAUGUGUCAACGGCCCUUCUUUAUAAAGCACUCCCUCUACGGUUUAUUAAAAAGUACUUCUUGACCAUAUAAAAAGAAUUUUUAAUGUUUGGUUACCUUAAAGUCAAUUCAGGUACUUGAACUCACUUUACUUACUAAGACUGAUUUUUAAGUCUGGUAAUUGCUUUUCAAUUUCUUUGCAACUUAAGUGCGGAAUUUACAUUUCCUGGAGGGACACACAAGUACAAGACAGACGUUGUCAUCUAUUCAAAUGGACGAACGAUAUGGCUAGCUCCGGCCAUGUUUGUGACAGUCUGCCGAUUGGACGUCAGGUAAACACUGGCGUUAGCAACUUCAUCAUUAGGUUACGCUUGACAAGAGCUUUAAAUGAGAAUAUGAUCCAUUUAAGCCUGAACAAAAACACGCCUUUUGGAUAGUCCUCGUUUUAGAAUAAAGCUGAGUGACCAGAUCGCUGUCAAAUCAAUGGUCUGAUGGACUGUUCCUACACUUGGUAUUUUCUAGCAUCCUAGGAGGAAAAAAUACAAAUAAGUCAUUGCUUAGGUAUAAUUAAUGAAUGGGUGCAACUGAUAAGCCCGUUUCCUUCUAGAAUCUUGCAAUUACGGCAUUAAUUUUUCAUGUCAUUUCCACCAUCAGGUGUAUAACGAACUCACAAUAGCUUGCUCUUCAGUUGGCUUGAUAAGCGCAAUGAAUAAAGCGUUGCAUCCAGUCAUCGACAGGGUUCGAUUCCCGGUCAAGCCUGAAUUUUUUCAGGUUCUUUUUCAACCGCUUGGAUUGUUCAUUCUACUGCGAAGAUAUGCUUGCAAUGAAAGUAAGGGCCAUGUUGUUUAUAACGUUAACAUAAAAUUAUGCUUAUAUCCUCGUAAGAUAUUUCCCGUUUGACGAACAAAAGUGUCCCAUGAAAUUUGGUAGCUGGAUUCAUGAUGAAAGCCGCUUGGACAUGCGCAUUCUUACGAAUGCCUCAAGUGAUGACAUCUACACAGAACAUGGUGAAUGGCAACUACUAAAUAUAGAACAGAAAAGGUGACUGUAGCUUACAGUUAAUAAUGUCUUAUAAUUGUCUGCUUGUUUAUAGUAUAUGAUUGCAUGGCAAUAAAUUAUUUCAACUUUAUUGUCCAAUAAUUUUCUAACAUAAUUUUCAACCAACCAGAACGCAGAAUUGAAAAACCACUAGAUGGAUUUUACAACGACAAACGUGAUUGCAUGGCAAUAAAUUAUUUGAAGCGAAUUACACAGUGUUAAAACUAUUACAACGACAAACGUGUUCACUACAAUAACAAAUUUACUUUGCAAUAUUGGAAAUUCCACAAUUAGGCAAAACGAGGUGGGUUAUGGUUGACGGCUACUGAAUUGAUUUUAACUGAGACGAAUGAAAUAACAAAAACAAACUGUAAAAAAAGGAAAGAAACACAAAAGAAGGAGGCAUUACGUGCAAAACUUUAAUGACUUUAGGCAUGCUAAUAUUUGUCAUUUCAGGAGUUCAAAGUUGUACGACUGCUGCCCUAAACCGUAUGUUGACAUUACCUACACCAUUCACGUUCGGCGAAAGUCAUUGUUUUACACACUGUAUCUGAUCAUCCCUGCUUUGAUCAUCACCACUAUGGUCCUGAUAGGCUUCUAUCUUCCACCGGAAUCCGGAGAGAGAAUGCAGCUUGGAAUCACUGUGCUGUUAGCUAUGAUUGUUUUCUUACAGUUUGUCUAUCAGAACCUCCCUUCUACAUCCGAUGGCGCUCCUCUGUUAGGCAAGUUCUAUAUUAUCACCAUGGUUCUAAUCUCCCUCUCAUUGGCAGCAACCUGCCUUGUGCUUAAUUACUCUUACGGUCACCAUGGUGAUGGUGAGAUGCCAAUGUGGGUUCGUUUAAUUAUUCUUGACUGGCUCGGAAGGUUCUUUGGAUCAAGGAAUUCAUUUGGCAAACGCCGGAGAAUCAUGACAAGUGACGAUAUCUUAAAGAGAAACGAAUGGAAAACCGCUGCCCGUAUUUUGGAUAAAUUCUUCAUUGUUUUCUUUGCACUGUUAAUCACUAUUGUUUCACUCUCGAUGUUCUUUCAAGCUCCCCACUGA